GCAUAGACGAAAGCGACGCCGCCAUCUUGCUUAAGCCCGUCACACCGAUUACAGAUCGCGUAUGUUGCCUCCUGCUACCCAGAGAGAAAGCUAACUAGCAGCUAACUGGGUAACCGACCUAGUGCAUAACAGCGUUACAUCACUUUGGGUCGUCUCCCACCUGGGAAAUAUCGGCCUCGAGAAGACAACGCUGACUGCUGUAUGUGUUGCGAUAUCAGUCCGACACACUGAGCCGUUUCACUAAAACAACAGGGCGAAACGCUUUGGUGACUUUGAGAAUUUGUUUGUUUAUUUAUUUUUCCGAGUAGGGGCUGUCGAGACGCGACUGGUUUCAUCGAGCCCUGAUAUUGAGCCACACGAAGAGUUAUGUCCUGCCCGUGCACUUCGGCUGCCAGGUUGUUCCUAAACAAUGCCCACAGAGGAUUGUCCUGCUCCCGGAUCCAGUUGUUUUCGCUGAGUCGUCAGGGCUCUCGGGGAAAUUAUUUACCCCCGAGGGUACGGGUGAGGUCGUUUUCAGAGGCGGCUGUCUGCUAUGCCGUUAAAGAUGGGACAACUAAGGACAGUGGAAGCGAUAGUGGGAAGAAAAGCCUCAGUGAGGGGAAGAGACAUUCUGGCUCUGGAGGAUCAGGCAAGGGGGGAAGCCAGCUACGUUGCCCUAAAUGUGGAGAUCCCUGCACACAUGUAGAGACCUUUGUAUCAUCAACACGGUUUGUCAAAUGUGAGAAAUGUCAUCACUUUUUCGUGGUUCUGUCUGAAACGGAAUCUAAGAAGGGACUAAACAAGGAGCCAGAAUCUGCUGCGGAGGCAGUGAAACUGGCAUUUGCACAGAAACCUCCCCCUCCUCCUAAGAAGAUAUAUGCUUACCUCGACAAGUACGUUGUUGGCCAGUCUUAUGCAAAAAAGGUGUUGGCAGUUGCAGUGUACAACCACUACAAGCGCAUCUACAACAACAUCCCCGCUGGGAGUCGGCAGCAGGUGGAGGUGGAAAAACAGCCCUCACUAACACCUCGUGAACUAGAGAUGAGAAGACGAGAGGAUGAGUACAGGUUCACAAAACUGCUGCAGAUCGCAGGGAUCAGUCCUCAUGGGAACGCUCUGGGAGCGUCGAUGCAGCAACAGGCGAGCCAGCAGGCACCUCAGGAGAAGAGGGGCGGGGAGGUCCUGGACUCCGCACACACUGGAAUUAAACUGGACAAGAGCAACAUCAUACUUCUUGGUCCAACGGGCUCAGGAAAAACAUUGUUGGCACAAACACUGGCGUGUUGUCUGGAUGUUCCAUUUGCAAUAUGCGAUUGCACAACGCUGACUCAAGCUGGGUACGUGGGAGAAGACAUCGAGUCAGUUAUUGCCAAACUGCUGCAGGACGCCAACUAUUCAGUGGAGAAGGCACAACAAGGUAUUGUGUUCCUGGAUGAGGUUGAUAAAAUUGGCAGUGUGCCCGGAAUCCAUCAGCUGAGAGAUGUAGGCGGAGAGGGAGUCCAGCAGGGUUUGCUUAAACUCUUGGAGGGCACAGUCGUCAAUGUUCCUGAGAAAAACUCCAGGAAACUGAGAGGAGAGACGGUUCAGGUGGACACAACAAACAUCCUGUUUGUUGCUUCUGGAGCUUUCAACGGACUCGACAGAAUCAUCAGCAGAAGAAAGAAUGAAAAGUAUUUGGGUUUUGGGACUCCCUCCAACAUGAGACAAGGGCGGCGCGCAGCGGUCGCCGUAGACUUGGCCAACAACGGCGAGACGGACACCGUGGCAGAGAUCGAGGAGAAGGACCGGCUGCUGAAGCUCGUCGAGGCCAGAGACCUGAUCGAGUUUGGAAUGAUCCCAGAGUUCGUCGGCCGCCUUCCGGUCAUCGUGCCGCUGCACAGCCUGGAUGAAGAGAUGCUCGUCCGAAUCUUGACUGAACCGCGCAACGCUGUGGUGCCUCAGUACCAGGCUCUGUUCAGCAUGGACAAGUGUGAACUCAACGUGACGGCCGGGGCCCUGAAGGGCAUCGCCCGGAUGGCUCUGGAGAGGAGAACUGGAGCUCGUGGGCUCAGAUCCAUCAUGGAAAAGAUCCUCCUGGAGCCCAUGUUCGAGGUGCCACAAUCCGACAUCAUUGCUGUUGAGCUGAACAAAGACAUUGUCCAAGGAAAAUCCCUUCCGAGAUAUAUCCGAGCCCCGGCCAAGGAGUCUACAGAAGAGGAAUACGACUCGGGCAUCGAGGAGGAGAACUGGCCUCGGCAGGCGGACGCUGCCAACAACUGAAGCACAUGUCCCUCAUUUCACCUAAAGACAGUCUUUGAAAUCAUUAGCUCAUUAUGAACCUUUUGAAACUCACUCUGGUUUUGACCUUUAGCCUCUGACAAACACGCUGUGGACUCUGUAGUCGAGGUAACGAUGGAGCCUGCCGAGUGCUGAUGAACAAGUUAAGAGAAUGUAACAAACUUGGGUCCCGCGCAUCAGAUGAUAAUUCUCUAGCAGUGCACUCACAGGGUGGACCUUCAUACAAUAUUUCAAUCUCUGGGGAUUGUUAACAUUUUUAUCUCUAAAGAUAUUGCAAUUUUAUUCACGAAAGGAUUUGUAGCUCAUUAGUGUUCCUCUCUUGUGGCGAUGGCUGUCAUGGCAAGGGAAGCAAAUGGAAAUUAUGAGAUCAUACUUUAAGUGUGAUGGUCACGUGUUAUGUAACGUUUAACGCACCAGCAACCCAACAAAGCGGGUGUUCAACAACGGUGACCUUUUUAAAACCAGAAUGGUUAUUUCUCAGUGUUUUGCUUCCACUUGUCGCCGCUGCCAUUUCGGGAAUGUAUCCGUUUACUUCCUGACCCGAUCAUCACAGGACUGGAUCAUUACGCUGGCUCUCAAAACAGGAUUAGCCGGUUGCCGGGUAACUUUAAAAUUAUCCUCUGAUGUUUUGUUUUGUAGUGUAUCUCCUCCGACAUAAAGUACACGACUGAAUCCUGUUUUAAAAUUUGAUAUUCAAGCUUCAUUAUCGUGAUUCAACUCAUAAUCGGACAGAUGACAUCACAGUUGGCCGGAUGCCGCUCAAAACCUGCUGAGUCAGGCAGCAGGUGUUUUUAUUUUCCGAUACGAUCCCGUCUCCAGACACGGCCGGCCUGAACCACGCGGCCGUUAUCUUUAAAACGCUGUUUGUGCUUUAACAUGAGAUGAAACUAGAUCCGUUCUCUCUCUGCUUUUAAGUUUCCUUUUGCUUCAGUUAAGUUUAAAAAGUGCUUUUCUGUUUUCAGAGGUCUGUUGCAGCACCUGUAGCCUCCCCCAGUUUGUGGAUCUAAAAUUAUUUGUGAUUGUUGAAAAUAUAUAAAUAAAAUGUAAAUCUUU